AUGGAGGGGCUGGUGGGAGCGGCAGUGCUUCUGGCGGCCGGCUUCGCCGGGCUGGCAGUGGUGAUGAGCGGGCUUCUGCGAUGGGCACACACCUGGUUCCAGGAACGGGGGCUGGGGAAGGAGCUCCGGCAGGCUCUGCCGCCGGGGGACAUGGGGUGGCCUAUCUUGGGCAACAUGCUGUCCUUCCUCCGCGCAUUCAAAUCUGGCCGUCCCGACUCCUUCAUCGCCGGCUUCGUCCACAGGUCUCUCCCUCUCUCUCUCUAUCUCUCUGUACAUUUCUGUGUCUCUGUUUCUCUUGAUUCUGCCGCCAUGCGCGAGAAGAUGGCUAGGUUUUUCUUCAUGGGAAAAGAGGGGAGAGGGGUAGAGGAAUUGGGGGCAUCCGUUCUAUUUGUCAACCAGAGUUUCCCAUCGGAGAGCAAGAGGGCUUCUGGGUCUUGCAUCUGGCGGCUCGCCUUUGACUUUGGUGUGGGUGCAACAGGUUUGGGCGCACAGGAAUGUACAAGGCCUUCAUGUUCGGGAGCCCCACGGUGAUGGUGACGACGCCGGAGGGCUGCAGGCAGGUGCUGAUGGACGACGAGCACUUCGUCCCUGGCUGGCCCAAGGCCACCGUCGAGCUCAUCGGGAGGAAGUCCUUCGUGGCCAUCCCGCCCGAGGAGCACCGCCGGCUGCGACGGCUCACCGCCACCCCCAUCAACGGCCAUGAAGCUCUCUCCACCUACCUCAAGUUCAUUGAGAAGACGGCGGUGCAGGCCCUGGAGAGGUGGGCCGGGAUGGAGGAGAUCGAGUUCCUCACCGAGCUCCGGCGUUUCACCUUUCGGAUCAUCAUGCACAUCUUUCUCUCUUCCGGCAGCGAUUCCACCAUGGACUCCCUGGAGAAGGUCUACACCGACCUCAACUACGGCAUGAGGGCGAUGGCCAUCAACCUCCCCGGUUUCGCCUACCACAGAGCCCUCAAGGUGUUCCUCCUCCUCCUCCCCUCUUUCCCACAUUGUUCCCGAUCUCAUUACAUGUAUUCUGCAGGCUCGGAAGAAGCUGGUGUCAAACCUUCAGUCGUUCCUCAACGAAAAAAGAGCGAGGAGGGCUCAGGGCGUUCCCGCGGUGAAGGACAUGAUGGAUGCCCUAAUCGAGGUUGAAGACGACGAUGGCAGGAAGCUGGAGGACGAGGAGAUCAUCGACGUCCUUAUCAUGUACCUCAACGCCGGUCACGAGUCCUCUGGCCACAUCACGAUGUGGGCCACCGUCUUCCUCCAGGAGCACCCUGAAUGCUUCAGAAAAGCCAAGGUACCGAGAUGGCUCAACGAACUCCAUUUCCCUUCUUCGAUUAAUCUCCGUUUCAGCUCUUCCUGGUUUUAUACACGAGAAGCUCGAUUCCCGACUCGCUGCAGGAAGAACAGGUGGAAAUCAGGAGGAGCAUGCUAUCCUCGCAGACCGGAUUAGCCCUCAAAGAUUAUCGAAAAAUGGAGUAUCUUUCCAAGGUUUGCUCGGAUCCCUCGAGGCAUUAAACACCCACCAAAUCCCAGUUUUAAAACAUCUGAACUCGAUCUUGAAGGUCAUCGACGAGACUCUGCGCCUGGUCAACAUAUCACUAGUCGCAUUCCGAGAGGCAACUUCCGACGUCAAGGUCAACGGUUAGUUACUGCAAACCCCAUGCGUUGACCACUGCCUGUUACUAAUUAAUGGCUGGCGAUCCCAUUCUUUUGGAAGGAUAUAUGAUCCCCAAGGGGUGGAAAGCCCAGGUCUGGUACAGGAACGUCCACAUGGAUCCUGAAGUUUAUCCCCAGCCGAAGGUUUUCAGUCCAGCUCGAUGGGAUGUAAGUACUAGUCCAUUCACAAGCCAACUUUGUUUAGAGAUACAACGGGCCGGCCCGUCGGGCUAUCUUAUACCCAUAACGGGCUUUAUAAUGGGCUUCAGGGGGUGAUCCCAAAGCCCGGAACUUUCCUCCCAUUCGGUGGAGGAAGCAGGCUGUGCCCCGGAAACGAUCUGGCGAAGCUAGAGAUCUCCGUCUUCCUUCACCAUUUUCUCCUAAAUUAUCAGUAAGUUCUUCCCAAUUUCUUCCUUUUUUUUUUUUUCCAAGUUUGGUCCAUAAAUGAUGAAUCCCGGGCCGGGCCCAUAGAGAAGCCCGAAAAAUUAUGGCCCUAGCCUGAUUCGGGCGGAUCCCAGCCCAUUCGCAAUCCUUAUUCGAGCCGCCCAUUUGAUUCGUCGCAGGCUCACUCGGCUCGACCCGGAGUGCCCCGUCCGGUACCUGCCGCACACCAGGCCCAUUGACAACUGCAGAGCGAGGAUCAGCAAGGUGUCGGCGUCUCCAACUUGA